AUGAACGGCCCUCUGUACAUGCAGACAGCCAACAACACAGUCCUCGUCCGCCGUCUAAAACGAAAGGGCGAUGGCCCCAUGAAGCAAUUGGCUCGGUGGUUCAUUGAGAAUCAGAUCGGCUUUUGCUUCAACAUUCUCGCCCUUCUGUUCUGCACACACUUCCUCCUGCCCAAGGCUCAGUCGCAUACCGUCAAGUAUUUCACAUUGUCCUACUACCACGCAGACACGGGCAAAUAUGGCAUUGGCAGCGAUGAUGGCUACUUCAUCGCCUUCUUCAUUGUCCUUCUCACCGGCCUGAGGGCUGUCACCAUGGAGUACAUGUUCGCUCCCCUCGCGAAGAGAUGGGGCAUCUCCAAGAAGAAAGAGGUCACCCGGUUCAGUGAGCAGGCAUGGAACAUUGUCUGGUACGGAGGUUCAUCCGCACUUGGGGUUUAUCUCUACUACACUUCGCCAUACUGGUUGAAUAUGAAGGAGCUUUGGACCGAUUGGCCGAACAGGGAGCUUGGUGGUCUUAUGAAGGCCUACCUGCUGUGGGAGUUGGUGUACUACACGCAGCAGUGCCUCAUUCUCAACAUUGAGGAGCGGCGCAAGGACCAUUGGCAGAUGUUCUCGCACCACCUCAUCACCAUUGUUCUGAUCUACGGCUCAUACCGCUUUGGACACACCCGCGUCGGGAAUGUCAUCCUGGUGCUCAUGGAUACCGUUGACGUGGUCCUUGUUGUCGCCAAGUGCACCAAAUACCUCGGCUUCACCAGAGUGUGCGAUGCCCUCUUCGGGCUGUUCAUGCUCUCGUGGUUCGUGAACCGCCACAUCAUCUACAACCUGAUCUGCUGGUCGGUGUGGGAGGACACCCCGAAGAUCAUGCCCACCGGCUGCUUCAGGGGCGCCUACAACAACCUGACCGGGCCCUUCGAGAUCCCCGAGGGCACACGCUCCUACCUGAGCGAGGCGAUCCGGCGCUCCGACGGCCUGCUCUGCUACGACGACAAGGUCAUGAAGGGCUUCCUCGCCUGCCUCGUCUCCCUGCAGCUGAUCAUGAUCGUCUGGUUCUUCAUGAUCGUCAAGGUCGCCGUGCGCGUCAUCAACGGCACCGGCGCCGACGACGUCCGCAGCGACGACGAGGCGGGCGACUCGGAGGACGAGGAGGAGUUCAUCUACGAGGAGGCGCAGCCGCUCGAGGAGGAGGUCGGCGUCGAGGAGAUCGACCUGAAGAACUGGGAGCGGAGGACCGGCGUCAAGAGGCAGGCGUCGACCAGCGGCGUCAGCCUGCCGGGCCACAGCGACCGCAAGGAGUUGCUCGGGCGCAUUGGAUGCGAGAAACAGGUCGAGUGA